AUGGCUUCAAAACCAUCAAAUUUCCCAUUAGAUAUUAGCAAGUUAAACUUUGUCUUACAAGUCUUGAGGCAUUACAAGUUUCCUGAAGCAAGAUGGUUUGAGUUUGGAUUGAAUCUUGGUCUGCUUCAUCCUACACUGGAAGCUAUUGAGUCAGCUCAUAGAGGGAAUCCUUCACGCUGCCUGAUGGAGUGUUUAACCAAGUGGUUGACUAAAGCUGAUGAUAAUGUCACCACUGUUGGUCCUAUUAUCUGGAAGACACUGGCUAAUGCACUCCGUGGAAUGAAUGCAACAUCCAUUUCUACUGAUAUUCGCAAAACAAUGGCAGAUCCUGUUAGUGAGAUAUUACAGUGUUAUAUUGGUAGACUAGCUCAAGUUGUUCUUACUGAGGAAUCAGUUGAUCUCUUACAUACAGAGGGAUUAAUAUCUAAGGAUACAUUAACAAAAGUGAAGAGUUGCGGUUGUUCAUUGGUAGGAGAUCCAAUGUUACUAAUAUUAAGUGCUGUAGCUGAAGAUCAUAGCAACUUAAGAGAUUAUCCUCUUCUCUCCUCACUUGUGAGACGAUCAAGUUUUGUUCUGAAAUGGAAUCCAAGUGAGCAUUCUCUCUCCAGUAUCAGAGCCCUCCUAUGGAAAACGUUCAAGGAUAAUCAAGUGGAGGUGGUAGUGAUCAAGGAAGGGAACUCCAUCAUUGUUACUUGUUAUGCUCCUCAUUAUCUGAUGGAGAGUUUACUAGUGACAGCUAGAGAUAAUGUUGAUUUGCUAAAGGAGAUGGGAUUGAUUAGUUUAACUAUUGGUUACUAUACUGUGUAUGAUGAACAUGGAAUUGAUGAGGAGGUGAAGAGUCUAAUGAAGAAACUGGAGAUGGUAGAGAGUGAAAGAGAUGAUUUACUUGAGGAGAAUGCUAAAUUGAAGGGUACAAUAGACACAUUAGGUAUCUCAUAUGAAGGUAGAGAAUUCGAUGAAAGCAAUAAGUCAUCAAUACAAUCAUCAGAGUCUGAGAAGGAAGAGAGUAAAAAGAAGAUGACAAAAGCAAUGCAAAUGGAAAUAGAUCAUUUACGAUCAUCUCUUGUAAGCAAAACAGGAAUAGAAGAAACAUUAAUUGAAAGAGAAAAGGUGAUAGAGCAGUUACAGGAAAAGAUAUCAUUAAUGAAUAUACAACAACUGAAAGAAACUUCAAUUACUCUUAGAAAGGAUCAGUCUACACAAUCAAUAGAUCCACCAAAAGGACCAGUUUAUGUAGCUAUGUAUAGCAGGGAGGCAAGGGAAAGUGGUGAACUUCCAAUCAAGAAAGGAGAGAAACUUGAGAUCAAGGAAGAGCGUACUGAAGGAUGGUGUCUAGCAAGAUCAUUAGAUACUGAUCAAGAGGGAGAUGUUCAUAUUGCUCUUAUUAAAAAAGAUGAAGAGAGUGAACUGUCAACAUUGGAAUCACUUGAACUAUUUCAUUAUGCAAUGACAGAAAAUGUUGACAUACCUAAAAUCAAGGAAAUUAAGACAAGGAGCAACGUUGAGAGAGCAAGUCUCUUUUUAUCAUUAAUUAAACAAGAUUCAGUUCUGCUAGAUCAACUUAGAAAAGAACAUGGAAAACCUAAAGCAAUUAGGUGGUAUGAUGAUGGUGUUCAACUGACCUCUCCAUCUUUAAUACAAUGUCAAGAAGUAGUUUCUCUAUUAACAUACAAACACACAACCAUUGUCAUCAACAAAUCAUCUCCUGACGUUGUGUGUGAUCUGUUGCCAGUUUUAUUACAAAAUGAAAAGGUGGAAUACUUGAGAAUACAAGACACUCAACUAACACAGGACUGCAUCUCAUCCUUAUGUAACUUACUGGCUAAUAAUAAAUCAUUAUUAAAUUUAUUUCUUAUUAACUGUUCCAUUGAUGACAAAGCAGUUGCUGAUAUUACAAACGUACUACAAACACACAAUAACACACUUUUUGGAUUAUUCUUCCUUAAGAAUCCUCGUAUUACUUCAGUUAGUGCUCAGUCUCUUUCUGAACUAAUUAUCAACAAUUCAACAUUAACUGAAUUACAAAUAGGACACAAUUCAAUAUCAUCUGAUGGAAUAUUACUAAUUCUUCAAUCGUUAACAAUUAAUAAAAAUAUAAAUCUCUUUCUAGAUCUGAAACACAAAGACAUAUGCACAGAAUACCAUGACUAUAAUGUUAUAAAAGAUAGAGUAAUAUUUUAUAAUUAAUUAAUAAUAAUUGUAUUUCGCUUUUAUUGAGGAU